AGCAUAUUGUUGACAACCUGUCGUUUAGUCAUAUGUGUAUGGUAAGAAAAUCAUCUAUAUAUAAUUGAAAAUUCGAAGACAAAAUUUUCAGUUGACAACAGAUCUGGAGAUAUAAAGAAAUCAUUAAUACAUACUACAAAUCAUCAUGAAAAUAUACUGCAUAGCUGUACUUCACAAAGGGGAAACAAAGGUGAAUCCAUUAGCCGCAGCCCAUGAAUUAUCAUCAUUUGGAUAUUUUCAACGGUCAAGUGUUAAAGAGUUUAUGGACUUUACUUGCAAGAUUGUGGCAGAGAGAACAGUUGUUGGGUCAAGGGCAUCAGUCAAAGAACAAGAGUAUAUUUGUCAUGUGUAUGUAAGAAGUGAUAGUCUUACUGGAUUGGUGAUAGCAGACCAUGAAUAUCCUCAAAGAGUAGCCCAUACUCUUAUCAAUAAGGUUCUUGAAGAUUUCACCAAUAAAGUUCCUAAACCACAGUGGCCAACAGCCAAUCAGAGUACAAUACAGUUUGGAGAAUUAACAGAUUACCUUCAGAAGUAUCAAGAUCCAAAGCAGGCAGAUUCAAUGACAAAGAUACAGAAUGAGCUGGAUGAGACAAAAAUUAUACUGUAUGAUACAAUAGAAAAGAUCCUAGAGAGAGAAGAGAAGCUGAAUGAUUUGGUAGAAAAGUCUGAGGGACUCAGCAUGCAGUCUAAAGCUUUUUACAAAACAGCAAGGAAGACUAACUCCUGUUGUGUUAUCUUAUGAGUGUAUUGACCUUCUGUAUUUAUUGUAAUUAUUAAGAAGGAAAGUCAGCCAGCUACAGAUUUGUCUGAAUUCAUGAUGAGAUUUCUAAUAUGGACCAAUUUUUAAGUCUCUUCAAUUUUUUAAUGCUUGUCAAAGUGCAAUCAUGUGUUUGUCAAAAAUGUAUUUAUUUUCACUUUGAAAAUUUGACAAGGUGUGAUGUUUUAAGUUUGAGUGUGAAUGAAAAAUAUUUAAUUAGAAAACAGUUGUACUGUAAGGCAUUAUCUUUAUUUUAAGACUUAAGAUAUGUAAAUGACUCAAAGAGUUUAUUUAUAUUGUGACGAUUUUAAAGAGAAUGGGUCAAUCUUAACUCCUUUUUUAAUGCUCCGUAAAAUUGACUUUGUAUCACUGUUGACCCCUUUUUAUGAUUUUAUGAAGUGUUAUCUGUUGGUCUCGUCAGAAAAAUCUUUGUUCUCUUUUAUGUGCCAGUAAAUGUCAAUAUUGGAUCAAACCUGACUUAUGUAUUUAAUGACAUUAAUUAACUCAAGGAGUUCUUUCUCUUUUGAGAGAGAAAUUGGAGUUUUCCAUGAUGACAAUCUGAUUAACCCUUUAAUGAAUCAUUAUACCCACAUAUCAAAAUUAUAGCUUUGAAUACCAUGUUUAUCUACAAUACAGUCACAUACAUUCAUGUAAAGAAUAUUUUCAUUGUGAUUUUAGAAAAAGUGCUCUAUUUGCCAAACACCUCUUUUAUUGCAACUGCAAUUCUUGACGUGUCUAGUUCAUAUGUAAGGUGCUUUGCCAUUAUAUAUUUUUGCUUUGCAUGGUAUUUUUAUAUAGAGUAUUAUGAAGAUCCAAUUAACACCAUUUCUUUAAGGUGUUCUAAUGCUCUGAAAAUGCAUCUUUACAUUGUUAUUACUUAGAGUUUGAAUCUUUUCACUGAUGUUAUUAAUUACUAAGCGUUUUUUGAGUAUUGUAACCUUAUAUUAUUUGAUAAUAAGACAGUAGGUUUUUCAGCAGAAAAAGGAAGCUUCGGCUUUAACCAGUUUGUCUUUGACUUUCUACAUUCGCUUUAUUAUUCCUUAAGUCAAUGUAUGAAAAGCCUAAACAUCUUGUAGUCCAGGAUUUGAGGAAUGCAAUUAUGUAACAUAUUGCUUUAAAAAAAAACUUUUCUUCUUAACCAUCAACAAUUCUGAAUUUUGAUAUUUAUCCACAAUGAAGUGACACAUUCCACUUUUCCAUAUUGACAAAAUGAUUUUUUUUUUCAAGCUUAUUUGAUCAUACUAAGUUUAGAGAAGUGUGAUUCAAACCUUGUGAGGUAGUGUGAAUUGGCAUGUAUGUUUGUAAUGAUGUGCAAAAGAAAGUUGAAUGUUGUGUCCGAUUUUAUCAAAAGGAUAAUAUUUAUUGCCUAAUAUCAGUUUAUUACCAGUUUGCUGUUGAACUGUCUCCAACAAAAUUUCAAUAUAUGUUGUUGAAAUAAGUAUUUGUUAAGUUUAUCACCGAAUGAUAUUGGGCUUUUUUUUUUUUUUUGCCAAUAAUGUAUCCAACAGCAAACAUGUUCAGUUGUGUGCUUGCAUUUUUAAUUAAGAAAGGGUAAAUGUACUAUAAAUUGAAAUGUUACAAUACUGAAUAUGAAAUAGACAAUUAUUGUAUAACUAUCACAUAAUGUCAGCAACCCACAGUAUUUUCUUUCCAUUUAUAAUUUUAGAUAAUGAAUUGUAAAGGAUUUUCACAGGCAUAUCCUGCUGUAUGGUUUUAAACUGAACUGAAGCAGGCAAUGUUUAAAUUGGAAGAAACAGUUCCCUUACCUGUAAAUAUUAUUAUUUGAAUAUCUGUGAGUGUAUUUUAUUGAAUGAAUGUAAUAAACAAGAAUAAAAUAUUGAAUGCAAAGUG